AUGGGCGGCGCGUCGCUCUUUGAGGUCGGCGACGACGUCGAGUACUGGCGCGUGUUGAUCAACUUGAGCAUCUUGGCGUUCUGUCUCGUGCUCUUGGAAGGCGCCGUGCAUCGCCUCGAGCACAAGUUCCCGCCGUCGGAAAAGUAUCAGCACAUGCUCAAGAAGACGUAUCGAGAGCUCAUGGUGCUCGGCUUGAUCAGUUUCGGGCUCAAGAUGCUCAAAGAAGUCCCGAGCUUUGACAGCUACAGCAAAACCAUCUUGGCCUUCCAAGUCGCAGACCUGACCAUCUUCUUGCUGGCCCUUGCGCUCGUGCUGCAGUCCACGGCGGUCUUCUUCCUCCUCCACGGCCGGAACAAUCGCGCCGAGCGCGCCGAGCUCAUGACGACACAAGACCUCGUGAACUCGAUCAAAGACCCGAACGACGCGCGGCCUGCGUUCUUCGGAUCGCUCUGGUGCUGCAGCCGUGCGGCCCAGCAGCGAGCGAAUACCAGGGAACUCAUCCAACAUCGUCUCCUGCGGCGGCUGUUUCUCCGUCGCUUUGGCCUGCCGCAGCUCUUCCCGUUCUCCAAGUACCUCAAUCAAGCGCAAGCCAACCAGAUCGCGCACAUGAUUGAAGUGGACGCGUCCAUGUGGGCCGUGCUGCUCGUUGUUGCGUGGGCGGUCCUCGGCCUCCUUGCCAUCAUUCAGGCGUACCACACGGAGAUGGACGACAGCCACAAGCUGGUCGAGGCCCUUGCCGUGUUCGCGUGGCUGCUCCUGCUCUUGCAAGUCGCUGUGUUCCUUUACCUGCGGUCGUGCGUCCAUCAGCUCCUGCAAGCGGCAGCGUUCAGCAACGACGAGGACACGCUGGCGGCAAACUUGAGCACCAUUGCCAACGAAGAGACCGAGACGUGGCAAAACGAAGAGGCCGACCGCGCGCUCGAGACCAUGGGGAGUAUCCAAGAGUACCACGAAGAGCUCGCGCUGCAACGUCAGUGCCAUCGCCGUCUGCAGCAUCUCCAGCGUCAUCGUCGCGACGGCCACACUGACGCGAGCGCGCUGCCACGCACGCGGCAAGCGAGUUUCAGCGGCGUCGUCCCGGGAUCGCCCGUCAUUGCCAUCCGCUCGUUCUCGCCCAAAACGUGGCACCUUGGCGUCAUGCUCCUGCUCGUGCUCAACGGCUUCCUCCUCACGCUCUUCUUCCAGUGCGUGUUCUACGACAUGGACGACAUGUACCACGACUUUGGCUCGUUCGCCACGGCCAUGGUCCCGCUCCCGCUCGUGCUCAACACGUUUGUGCUCCAGCGCCGCAUCUUUUACGACUACGUCGUCGUGAGUCGCGUGCUCGCGGUCGACGCGCACACGCUGAGCGACGUGAUCGAAAACUUCCGCGACGUCGUGCGCCUGCGCACGGAAUUCGCCGCGUCGCUGCUGCACCACCUGACGCAACAGGAGUUUGCAAUCACCGACUUGGACCUCGAGCUCCGCGCCCGCGACCGCUCCGACAGCGGCUUCAUCGAAGUCGACGCCCUGCGCGACGUGCUCGCGGCCUUUGGCUACGCGCUCCCGCGCUUCCGCUUCAACAGCGUCGCCAAGCUCCUGUUCGAGCUCGAGGGCACGACCGUCUGCUACGCGCACGUCGUGCGGCUCGUGCGCAUGGCGCAGCACGAGCUCGUGGCGGCCGACGCCGUGGCGGCGCACCCCAUGCUCCGGCCCAGCAGUGCGCUGCUCUACGACGACGCCAACGGUCUGGCCGCGAGCGUGCGGUCGCAGUCGCACUACAACGUGUUCAACUCGACGCGGCAGCCGCUGCCGCCGCCGGCGAUGGACAGCAGUGGCGUCGGCAGCCACAUGGGCAGUAUGAUUAAGCCCUACGCUGCGUGUCGAGCACCGGCGACAGCGACGACAGCGACGACAGCGACCAAUGAGACGGCGGCAGUGGCGGUGCCUGUGGCCACAGCAGCAGCAGCAGCAGCAGCGGCCGCCCCGCGCGCGAGUGCCGUCGUGAGCGCCCGCGCGUUGCACGAUAUGUUUAAUUUAGAGCUCUUCGCGGCGUCGGACAGCCACUUGGGGCAGAUGCAGCUUUAG